AUGCGAUACUGUCGCCUCUUUGCGCUCGUCGUGAGUGUUCUAUUGUACGCUCGCCCUGGUCUCGUCUCGGCCUCGAAGGGGUCAAACGUCACGGCGUCCGACAUCCACGUCCUCGAGCACGGGCCUCCGAAUGAGCUGCAGGAUGCCCGUAUCGUCGAAAAGGAAGCGGAAGAAGAUUGGGCCCUACCAUCCAGAGUUGAGAAGGCUGCCAAUAAUGUGGCGAAACAGCUGGACAAAAUGCGAAACGCUUUCUUUCCUUCGGCAGCCUCAGUAGGGGGCAAGACGCUCAAUGAAGGCAAUCCAAGAACACACGCGGACGACAUACGUAAGUCUCUCGAUCACUGGGCAGCAUCAGCCGGGACCACGAAGAUCACGGCUGACGAAGAACUGGCCCAUAUUUGGAAUAAUGUUGUCGCGAUGAAGGAAUUGAGCAGAGCUAAUCAAGGCGUAAAUCGUGGCUACUCUUUCAAUGAGUACCACACACUCGCCGACAUGAUGUUUUCUCGUCCCUCGUUCUUGAAAAAGUACUCGCUGAAAACCGGCAAGAUGACUAGCAAGGCGGUCAAUGAUGUGUACAAGGAGUACAAGGAGAUAAUCUCCAACGAUCUAGAUUUGGCCGUCCUGAUUCAGCUUGCAAAGGACUUCGGGACGCCGCCGGCAAAAAGAAACGCGGAGUCAAUGGAAAAGGUGCAGUUUGAAGCGUGGACGAAGGCGAACGUGGAUCCGAAAAGAUUUCCUCUGGACUGGAACCUGGAUCAUUCGGUAUUGCGCGAUGAUUAUAUUGCCGUUGACAGAGUCCGAGGAGCGUACGAAACGUAUCGCCCUGCCAAGUAG